AUGGGUGUAAAUGGGCGUUUUGUUGAUGAAUCACAACAAAUGGUAAAAUUGGGUAAGAGGAGCUGGAAGACGCACUUGUUGAAACCAUUAUCAUGGACUCCAAAUAUUAAAGCAAAACAAGCAAAUACAUGUUGGGUGCAACUGUCUGGUCAUCAAGGUAGUCUUAUAUCUAAUGGUAAAGGAAGCGUUUUAAAACGUUACUGCCAAAGUGAAGCCCAAUGUUUAUUACAACUCCAGCUAGAUAUACUGAGAUCAUUUGUCCCCAAGUAUCAAGGCGAGAAGCUGCUCGAUGGUGAACGUUACGUAAAAAUGCAAGAUUUGCUGUACAAUUUUAAAUCACCAUCAAUAAUGGACUGCAAAAUUGGACAGCGUACUUUUUCAGAAAGUGAAGUCAUUGGAGACUCUUCAGAAAAUAUUCGGAAAGAUCUCUACUUGAAAAUGAUGUCUACUUCACCUAACGCACCGACUGAAAGAGAACAUCAUGAAAAAGGUGUUUCAAAACUACGCUAUUUGCAGUGGCGUGACACAAUUAGCUCAACGGCUGAGUAUGGUUUUCGCAUUGAAGCAAUCAAGACUUCUGGUGAAUCCACUCGAAAAGAUUUUCAAAACACUCAUACAUGGAAUGAAAUAAUAAAUCACUUUAAAUUAUUCGUAAAACACCGUAAAAUAAUUGCUCAAAACUAUUUAAUCCGAUUAUUAAAGUUGAGAACUAUACUGGAAGUUUCCGAUUUCUUUGCUAAACAUGAGUUUAUCGGUUCUUCAUUAUUAUUUGUUCAUGAUGAAUCAGGCUAUGCUAAUAUCUGGUUAAUUGAUUUCGCUAAAAUAGGCACUCCUUCGAACAAUCAUAUUCGUGUAAACCAUCGUUCUGUAUGGAAAAUUGGCAAUUAUGAAGAUGGUUAUUUAAUUGGAAUUGAUAAUUUAGUGAAAUUAUUCGAGCAAAUUAUUCAUGAAUGUCAGUAG